GUUCCUGUGAAUUUCAGUGACGGGUUGGCUGCACUACUAAUAAAGGCUGCUGCUGCUGCCCUGCACUCCUGAAGCAUCAGAGGAGCAGAUCACUCCAGCAAACACCAGAUCACCUCACCAGCGAAUAUGGCUCUGGACUUUGGCAGUUGGGAUCUGGCGUGUGAGUUCAACAACACUGAUCACCGUACAGAGCUGAACGGCACUGACCGGCUGAUUGUGAGGAGAGGCCGACCCUUCACCAUCAACCUCAACCUCCGCUCUGGAUCCUACCAGCCUGGAGUUAACCAGCUCCAGAUCACUGCAGAGACAGGUCCGCAGCCUGUAGAGCAGUACGGUACCAGAGCUGAUUUUGGUCUGAGUGCCACUAUCGAUGACACCUGCUGGAGCGCUGCAGUAACCAGUCCUCCUGGGGAGAUAGUGUCCUUGUCCAUCUGCUCCGCCCCUGAUGCCCCCAUUGGACGCUACACUGUGACCCUGGACGGCAGGGCUCAGUUUGAGUUAAUAUUGCUCUUCAACCCCUGGUGUCCUCGGGAUGUGGUGUACAUGGACAGUGAGGAGAAGCUGGAGGAGUACGUGUUGGCUCAGGAUGGAAUUAUCUACAGAGGAGAUGCUAAAUAUCCAAUUCCCUCAGCAUGGGAGUUUGGCCAGUUUGAAGAAGGGAUCCUGGAUGCAUGUCUGAGAAUUCUGGAUGUGAACCCUAAGUACCAGAGGAACCCUGGAAAAGACUGCUCAGGACGCAGGAACCCUAUCUACGUCUCCAGAGUUCUCAGUGCUAUGGUGAACAGUAAUGACAGAGAUAAUGGAGUACUGGAAGGCUGCUGGAGAGACACGUUUGAUGGUGGAGUCAGCCCCAUGUCUUGGAGGGGGAGUGUGGAGAUUCUGAGGACCUGGAAUACCACUUCCUGUUUACCUGUACGCUAUGGCCAGUGCUGGGUCUUUGCGGCUGUUGCCUGCACCGUGUCUCGAGCGCUGGGUAUCCCCUGCAGAGUGGUGACCAACUACCUCUCAGCCCACGACACCAACGCUAACCUGGUGAUCGAACGCUACGUAGAUGAAAACGGCAAGCUGCUGAACGUCAGCAAAGACAUGAUUUGGAACUACCACUGCUGGGUGGAGAGCUGGAUGUCACGUCCUGACCUGAAAGCAGGCUUUGACGGCUGGCAGGCCAGUGACCCCACGCCCCAGGAGAAGAGCGAGAAUGUGUUCUGCUGUGGGCCAGUCCCCGUUCAAGCGAUAAAGGAAGGAGAGCUCACGUUUAAGUAUGACGCUUCGUUUGUGUUUGCGGAGGUCAACGCGGAUGUGGAAACAUUCCUGAGGUAUAAGGACGGCAACACACGCAAGAUCACCAGCACGAGUCAGGUCGGCCAGAAGAUCAGCACCAAGAGCGUUGGAAGUGAUCAGCGAGAAGACAUCACACACCUUUAUAAAUACCCAGAAGGUUCUGAUGAGGAACGAGCAGCGUUUGAAAAAGCCAAACACCAAAACAAACUGCUGAACCAACAGAACAACACCGGCCUCCAUGUCAAUAUCAAAGUUUCCUUGGAGAUGAGGAAGGGCUGCGACUUUGAUGUCUUUGCUGUGGUUACCAACAACACGUCUGUGGAUAAAAAGUGCCGUCUGGUGUUUGCCUCCCGCGCCAUUACUUACGAUGGAACUAUUGGACAGGAGUGUGGGUUUAAAGAUCUGCUGAACGUGGAGCUGCCACCUGGAGGAGAGCGGAAGGUGCAACUAAGGUUGAACUACAGUAAAUACUGCAACGUUAUAACUCAAGACAAUCUAAUCCGGCUGGGAGCGCUGCUGAUAGACUACAGCACCAGAGACGCUGUUCUGGCCAUGCGCACCAUCGUCCUUGAAAACCCAGAGAUUAAGAUCAGGAUCCUGGGAGAACCUAAAGUGAACCGGCAGCUGGCAGCAGAACUAACCAUGCAGAACAAUCUGCCAGAACCUUUGGGUGCGUGCUGCUUCAGCAUAGAAGGAGCCAAUCUCACUGGGGGCAAGACAAUCACUGAGAGCAUCCCAACCAGUGUGGAGCCCGGGCAAGAAGCCAAGGUCAAAAUCUACUUCACUCCCACCCACUCCGGCCUGCGCAAACUGCUGGUGGAUUUUAACAGCGACAGACUGGGACACGUUAAAGGGUUCAGGAACGUAAUCAUCGGCAAAUAAGGGCCUGUGUCCUCUCCAGUGCGGAUGAAGCACAUGAUACACACGGUGCCUGAAUGAAAGUGCUCAGCAUUUCAUAACAAAAUGUGAAAAGCCAAAUCUGUAUUUUUUUUGUGUCAGUUAAUAUCACUUUUGCUACAGUUAAAGGGACCUUCAUAGUGACUUUUUAAACAGUAACCAUAGAGACUUUUAUGCUGUAAGACUGCAUGAUAGAUAUGUCAGUAUAUACUUAUUUACACUGUGAUGGCAGUUAGCCUUAAUAUCAAUGCAAAACCUUGUUACUACAUGCACUACAUAACUAAGUUUGCAGACUUUUUUUUAAAUAAAAUAACAAUUGCUUUAAAUGAAAACAA